UUACAUUUGGAAAAGCAGAAAAAUGGCGUCAGAAGACAUCACUAAGCUUGCAGAGUCACUCGCCAAAACCAAAGUGGGUGGUGGACAGUUGAGUUUCAAAGGCCAGAGCCUUAAACUCAAUACAGCUGAAGACGCUGAGGAAGUGAUCAAGCAAAUUGAGGAAUUUGAUGGCCUGGAAGCAUUGUGCCUGGAAGGCAACACAGUGGGUGUGGAGGCAGCAAAGGUUAUCGCCAAAGCCUUGGAGAAGAAAUCGGAGCUCAAGAGGUGUCAUUGGAGUGACAUGUUCACAGGGAGAGUAAGGUCUGAGAUCCCUCCUGCUUUGAUCUCUUUGGGGGAUGCACUCAUCACUGCUGGAGCCCAGCUGGUGGAACUGGACCUGAGUGACAAUGCCUUUGGGCCAGACGGUGUGCGGGGCUUUGAGGCGCUACUGAAGAGCCCUGCAUGCUAUACCCUACAGGAACUCAAGCUCAAUAACUGUGGCAUGGGCAUUGGUGGUGGCAAGAUAUUAGCAGCCGCUCUGAAAGGGUGUCACAGGAAAUCAAGUGCCCAGGGCAAGCCUCUUGCUUUAAAAAUAUUUGUGGCUGGUAGAAAUCGUCUGGAGAAUGAUGGUGCCACUGCCCUGGCUGAAGCCUUUGGGAUCAUUGGGACUCUAGAAGAGGUCCAUAUGCCACAAAAUGGAAUUAACCAUCCUGGCAUCACGGCACUGGCCCAGACCUUUGCUAUCAACCCUCUACUUAAGGUUAUAAACUUGAACGACAACACCUUUACAGAGAAAGGAGCUGUAGCCAUGGCAGAGACGCUGAAGGCGCUUCGCCAGAUUGAAGUGAUCAACUUUGGCGACUGCCUGGUGCGUUCAAAGGGUGCUGUGGCUAUCGCUGAUGCUGUUAAAGAAGGGCUUCAUAAAUUAAAGGAAUUGAAUUUGUCCUUCUGUGAGAUCAAACGAGAUGCUGCUCUGACUGUUGCUGAAGCUAUUGAAGAUAAGGCAGGAUUAGAGAAGUUGGAUCUCAAUGGGAACUGUCUGGGAGAAGAGGGGUGCGAGCAGCUCCAGGAGAUCCUUGAAGGCUUCAAUAUGGGAGCUGUGCUGGGAUCCUUGAGUGAUGAUGAAGGGGAGGAGGAGGAGGAGGAUGAAGAAGAGGAGGAGGAGGAUGAAGAUGAAGAGGAGGAAGAGGACGAGGAGGAACAGCAACAGCUGAAGGAGAGAGGACAGGAAGAAAAAGAGUCACUGACUCCUAAGAAGAGAAUUGAUUCACAGGAUUCAACUACAGUGCCAUCUCCUCCUGUGGAUGUUGCCACAUUCCUUGCUUUCCCAUCACCAGAGAAGCUGCUGCGACUAGGACCAAAGUGCUCUGUGCUGAUAGCCCAGCAGACAGAUACAGCUGAUGUAGAGAAAGUAGUUACAACUCUCCUAAGGAUAUCCUCGGUCUUCAAGGAUGAAGCUCCAGUGAAAACAGCAGUGCAUGAAACAACAGAUGCCUUGAUGAGAAAAGCUUUCACUUCUGCCACAUUUAAUUCGGAUGCAUUCGUCACAAGCCUCUUGGUCCACAUGGGAUUACUUAAGAGUGAAGAGAAGGUCAAAGCUGUCCCAAGCCUCUAUGGUAUUCUUAUGACCUUGAACCAUAUGGUCCAGCAAGAUUACUUCCCCAAAUCCCUAGCUCCAGUUCUCUCUGCUUUUGUCACAAAGCCAAAUCGUGCUCUUGACUCCUGUUCCUUUGCUCGCCACAUGCUCUUACAAACCCUCCACCAACUGUAA